AUGGAGCCGUACUUUCCGUCGCCACUCUCCGUAGCUCUAUCCGGCCCUCACCUUGAAGCAACAAAAGUGCUUGUUGACGCCAAAGCUGACAUUCUGGCGGUGGGGAAGAAAGGCGCUCGGCCCCUGACGGUAGCCUGUCUAGUCGGCGACCCUGAGAUUGUCAGGCUUCUCAUUGAAAAGGGCGCCGAAAUCGAGGCGCAAGACGAGAACGGCGUGACAGCCCUGCAAGGCGCCACAGACUGGGGCCGGCUCAAAGCGGUCGAAGUCAUGCUAGAACACGGGGCUGAUCACUCCUAUGGGCAGACCGACAACAAAGAGGCCAAUUCGACAACUUGGAAACCCAUCGUACAGGCCUCCCAGAAUAAUUACGCCAAAAUUGUGGCCCUGCUCCUGUCCAAAGGGGCCGAUGCCAACGCCAACGGACCCAGUGGCUGUGCGUUGUACCUCGCAGCCAGAGGAGGACAUGUCGACGUUUGUAAGAUGCUGCUUGAGAACGGGGCCGUAGCAAACGUGUCAACGACAGAAUUUGCCUCGCCUCUCUCUGUUGCCGUUGAAACCGGCAAAUUGGAACUCGUUCAGCUGCUGCUAGAUCACGGGGCUGAGAUUGAAGCUGUCUUCAAAGGCACCGGGGAUGAUGACACCAAAGACACGCCUUUGACCAUCGCCGCAAGGCAAGGUUUGACAGAUAUUGUGGAGCUUUUGCUGGAACGCGGGGCUAAUCCGAAUCACUACGAGGGCGAUCUCGACCCCCCGUUGUACUUAGCAAGCUGGCGUGGCCAUGUGUUGAUCGUCAAGAUGUUGCUCGAGAAGGGUGCGGACCCGAACGCACAGCUGGACGGCCAGGAUUGGACCGCCGUUCAUGCUGCGUAUGACAACCCAGAAACCAUGCGGCUGCUGCUCGCAAAAGGGGGUGAUCCAGAUCGUGUGGCAGACUCGAGUACGGCCUUGCUCCUAGCAGUCAGGUGGGAUAACUUGGGAACUCUGAAAGCGGUACUCGAGCGGUCCCCGCGACCGAAUCUUGAGGCUGAGGAUGACGAACAUAUGACGGCUCUAUGCCGCGCGUGUCAGUCGUCAUCAGAUGAUGCGCCAGAAAUGAUUCGAGCUCUCUUGGACGAAGGGGCGGACCCGAACCAUGGCGCCGGUACGGACAACCUGCCACUGCACCACUGUCUGAAGCAAGAGGCAUGCUUGCAGGCAUUGCUGGAAUCCCGACCCCAGCUGGAUGCCAAAGACAGCCAAGGUGAUACGGCAUUGCAUCUUAUCCCAUUGCUUGCAACAGGGAACGUUCUUCGAAAAUUAGUCAUGGGAGGGGCAGACAUUGAAGCUGUCAACAACGGUGGGUUGACACCUCUCGCAAAGGCCGUGAAAAGUCCCUUCAACGACGUGUCGGUCUUGUACUUGAUCAAGAAAGGGGCCCAGCCGAACUUGACAGCUCCAGGUUUCGAAGGAAUUCUCCACGAGGCUGUCCGAAACUGCGACCUUCCAGUGCUCAAAGCGCUCGUGAAAGCUGGUGCAGAUGUCAACGCGCUCAGCGGUGAAACAGGUUCAUCCAUACUGUAUCUGAUGGCACGCUACUUGAGUAGCAGCAUGACAGGGACCCGGGAGACACUGGAGUAUUUCGUGGAAGAGCUCGGGUUGCCGGUCAACAUCUAUGGUGGACCACUCGGGUGGCCAUUGACGGCGGCGGCUCAUAGGCCGGGCGUCGCCUUCGAGUACUUGCUGGAGCAUGGGGCCAACACUGAAGUUGAGGAUAGCAUCGGUCGACGGCCAACACAUGUGGCUGCAAUAGGGCUAGAUUUUGGGCCGGCAUUGCGAUCACUCAUAUCACGCGGUGCCUCGGUUUUGACGUCCGACAAGAUGGGUUUGUUACCAGUGCACUACGCUGCUCACGGCGGGCACCCCGAGCAGCUUGCAGUCCUGCUCGAUCAACCGGGCGUUUUGGUCAACGUGCCCGACACAGACGGAUGGACCCCGCUUAUGUGGGCUUGUACCAACAGACGGUUCCCAGUCGAAAGGAUCAACCUCUUAAUCGCCAAGGGCGCAGAUAUAUGGGCACGAGGAGAUGGCUGGGACCAUCAGUGGUCCCCGCUGCGACUGGCGAGGUUCAACGGCCUUGACGCAGAGGUUCAAGCUCUGCUGCAGCCAGACAGCGCAGCCAAAGGUAGUAAAGGUAGUGAAGGUGUUGAGCCUGAACGAGUAUGGGACGAAGAGUUUCACCAGAUUGAGGAGGGCAAUUGGUCACAUGGCGAAUGCUUUGCUUGCAUGUCGGACAUGAGCGGAAAACGCUGGCGCUGCAUAUCGUGUCCCGUGGAAUCUUUUGUUGAAAUCUGCUUCAAAUGUUAUCGAUACAAAGAGAUGAUCCACGGACAGCAUGAAUUCAAGGAAGAGGGAUUCGAGUUUGAGCAUGAGAGGUUGAAAAGUCUGGAAGCAGCUGGAGCGAACACGCCUUUUGGGGACCAUGGCGAUAAUGUAUCCGGAUCGUUGUCAGAUGAUGGCGAGACCGAGGUCAGGAUAACGAAGAGAGAUCGCCGUGCAAGUCGCAGCAGCAACAGCGACAGUAGGAGCGACAGCAGUAUCGGUAUCGAGGACGAGGACAGUGACGAAGGCCUCAAUGAGGACGAGAGUAGCGGGGACGAGAAGUAG